AGGCGGGGAAGCCAGUCAUUGCCAUAUAAAUAUGGCCCCUAUCCUACUUCAUGGCUGAUACAGCUGCUGUGACAGCCUCAGCAGCCUUUGCAUAGAGGCCACCUCCACCAUGAAGAUCAUUGGGGGCCUCCUCUUGCUGUGCUCGGUGAACUACUUCUGCAGCAGCUCAGGUGAGGGAAGGGUAGAGAGUGAACAACCAUUAAGCUUGUUUUUCCAAGGAGAAGCUGCUAGUCUGUCUUUAAGAACCGUGGACUGCAGCAUUUACAAGAAGUACCCAGUGGUGGCUAUCCCUUGCCCCAUCACAUACCUGCCUGUUUGUGGUUCUGACUAUAUCACCUAUGGGAAUGAAUGCCACUUGUGCAUUGAGAACUUGAAAAGUUAUGGGAAGGUUCAGUUUCUUCAUGAAGGAAGAUGUUAACUUCUCCAUAGAUGUGGGUGGGGAGCAAUGAUAUCCUGUGUCAUCAUCAUCGACCCUGGGUUCCGAUGACCUUCUUCCUCACCAUGGCAGAGGUUCUGGGGGACGGGCCGGGGAGGAUGUGGGGCAGGGGCAGAUGUGGAGUCAUCUUUGUUGAGUGCGGAAAGUUGUUGUGCUUUCUUUCAAACUCAUGCCCAACUGACAUACUGGCUUCUUUUUGUACCUCAUUAAAAGAAUCUCCCCAGAGAGUUUAUCUUUA